AAAGAAUCGAGAAUCGAUAUUUGAAAAAUUCAAACAAGAAAUAUAACCUAUAAAUCAAAUGGUGAUUUAAAAUGCGUUAUACCCGCUUACAAACUCGGUAGCGUAACGUUCCUGGUUAAUAAAAAAGGCAAAAAAUGUCUGCGACGAAACAGCAGCAAAAUGCUCACGGCGAGCCUAAAGAGAAAAAGAGGAAAGAGAGUAUCCUUGAUCUUUCGAAAUAUUUGGAGAAAAACAUUAGAGUGAAAUUUGCUGGAGGAAGGGAAGCUGCAGGAAUUUUGAAAGGCUACGAUCCCCUUCUCAAUUUGGUAUUAGACAAUACUACCGAAUACCUCAGAGAUCCUGAUGAUCCAUACAAACUGAAUCAAGAUACUCGUAUGUUAGGCUUGGUUGUAUGUAGAGGUACGUCUGUGGUACUCAUAUGCCCGGUAGAUGGAAUGGAAUCUAUUCAAAAUCCUUUUAUACAACAGGAAGGUUAAACAAAUUUGUUUUUAUAAAUCAAGGUUCUAUAAGAAGUAUAAGCUUGUAAGGAACCUGAUUUAUAAACUGUAACGUUUGGAUGAAUUUGUUACAAUAAAACUAGAAGUAAUUUUUUUAUGUUAUAAAUUAUGUGAACUUAUGAUAAUGGAAAUGUGUAGUAAAUACACAUGAUUUUCUUAUAAAAAUACAAACACAGGGCAUUCGAAACAAGUGUGUAAAUACCGAUACGAUUUAAGUACUCUACUUGGUAACUUACAACUACUCGGUAAAUCACAAGCCACCUCAAACGGUUGAAAUUGAUACGUGCCACAUUGCCAAGGCUCGAAGUUAUCGAUUGCGUUCAAGGAAGUUGGUUGACGUAUCCACUCGAUCACUUGAUGACUCGUUACGAAAUACACGUCGCUUAGACGAAGUACAUCGUCCAUGAAUUUCUAAGAGGAAAUAAAUCCAAUCGAUCAACAGCGUUAAGGCAUUUAAGCCCGAGCUUACAAGCUACUUACGUUAAACGCAUAAAAAUACGUUGGUUCUCGAAACCAAGAUGCAUGGAAAUGUAAUCCAAAAGGUGCACGAUUGCUGUGAUAAUGCCUUUUAAAAUUCAGCAUCAAUAUUCCAUACACAUCUUCUCCAGAUAAAUUCGAAGAGCAGAUGUCCAUUUUUGUACAAACGUAUUCCUGACAUAGAUAUCUUUUGUAGUGCUGUUGUUUUGUUUGAAGGCAUCGUAAACAAGCGUUACUUCAUUCUUGGCUUACUUACACCUGCCAAAAGUUGAUUUAGUGGUAGUUCCCAGAUCCCUGGGUACGCACGGGUUGGACAAAGCUGUUCAGGACCUACGCAAUCAUGCGGUGGCCUGUAAUCCAAUGUGUACGGCCAGAUAGGAGGGUCGGAAAACGGUGCCAGCAUGGAUGAGUCGUAAACGAAUCCGAACUCUGACAUCAUUAGGAAUUGUCGGUUCCAACCAACGCGCAGAAAGGGUGCCCUCAAACCUACUCGGUUUCAAAUCAAUCUAAUUGGAAACGAAGAUGAUAAAAUACGAAGCCUGCAAAGAAAUCAUCGCUUGCCUUUGAUGUCCUUCAAACGAACUGCAGCGUAUUUAUGAAUAAUAUUCGCCACGCCAACCAUCUCGUCGAACCAGUCUUCGAUAGUGGCGUUUCGCGACCACCAGUCCUCG